CGCGCCCAGCCCCUCCCCGCGGGGGCGUGGCCUGGGCGCCUAUAAAAAAGCCGCGGUGGGGCCGGCCGCGCGCUGUCGGUUACGCCACGGGGUAGCUCGCGAGCGGCGGUUAACGGCUCCGCCGCCCCCUACCUUCCCCUCAGGUACGUGGUGAGGUGACAGCUCUUGAACUAUGGCAUUCAACAAGAUUUGGUAUACUCUAGCCCUUGGACUUCUGCUGCCUUUUUCUUAUGCCCAUACGGACUUCUUCACUUCCAUUGGUCAUAUGACAGACUUAAUUAAUACAGAAAAAGAUCUGGUGGUGUCACUGAAAGAUUACAUCAAGGCAGAAGAAAGCAAGCUGGAACAGAUCAAAAAAUGGGCAGAGAAAUUGGAUCAGCUGACAGAUACUGCUACGAAAGACCCAGAGGGGUUUUUAGGACAUCCUGUGAAUGCAUUCAAGUUGAUGAAACGGCUUAACACAGAGUGGGGGGAGCUGGAGAGCCUGGUUCUGAAGGACAUGUCAGAUGGCUUUAUCUCCAACAUGACUAUCCAGCGGCAGUUUUUCCCAAAUGAUGAAGAUCAGACCGGUGCAGCAAAAGCCCUCUUGCGGCUUCAAGACACAUAUAAUUUGGACACAGACACCCUCUCCAGGGGGAAUCUUCCAGGUGUGAAGCACAAAUCCUUUUUAACAGCUGAAGAUUGCUUUGAGCUGGGAAAGAUCGCCUACACCGAAGCUGACUACUACCACACCGAGCUCUGGAUGGAACAAGCUCUCAAACAGCUGGAUGAGGGAGAAGUGUCUUCUGCGGAUAAAGUCUACAUUCUGGACUACCUGAGUUAUGCCGUGUAUCAGCAGGGGGAUCUGAGCAAAGCCAUGAUGCUCACCAGACGCCUUCUGGAACUGGAUCCUGAACAUCAAAGAGCAAAUGGGAACAUGAAAUACUUCGAAUAUAUCAUGGCUAAAGAAAAAGAUGCAAAUAAGUCCAGUACGGAUUCAGAAGAUCAGCUGGAGAAGGAAACUGAGGUUAAGAAAAAGGAUUACCUGCCCGAGAGAAGGAAGUACGAAAUGCUGUGCCGUGGGGAGGGUCUCAAAAUGACUCCUCGGAGACAAAAAAGACUCUUCUGCCGCUACUACGACGGAAACAGGAAUCCUAGAUACAUUCUGGGCCCAGUCAAACAGGAAGAUGAGUGGGACAAACCUCGAAUUGUUCGCUUCCUUGACAUUAUCUCCGAUGAAGAGAUUGAAACUGUGAAAGAACUAGCAAAGCCGAGGCUGAGCCGUGCUACUGUUCAUGACCCUGAGACUGGGAAACUGACCACAGCACAUUACAGAGUCUCUAAGAGUGCUUGGUUGUCUGGCUACGAAAGCCCUGUGGUAUCUCGCAUUAACACGAGGAUACAGGACCUAACAGGACUUGAUGUCUCCACAGCAGAGGAGCUGCAGGUGGCAAAUUAUGGAGUGGGAGGACAGUAUGAACCCCACUUUGACUUUGCACGGAAAGAUGAGCCAGAUGCUUUUAAGGAAUUGGGAACAGGCAACAGAAUUGCUACUUGGUUGUUUUAUAUGAGCGAUGUGUCAGCAGGGGGAGCUACUGUCUUUCCUGAAGUAGGAGCCAGCGUUUGGCCUAAAAAGGGAACAGCUGUAUUCUGGUACAAUCUCUUUCCCAGUGGAGAAGGAGAUUACAGCACUCGGCACGCGGCCUGCCCAGUACUAGUCGGAAACAAAUGGGUAUCCAAUAAAUGGCUCCACGAGCGGGGACAGGAAUUCCGAAGGCCGUGCACUUUAUCAGAGUUGGAAUGAUGCAGAAUCCUCCUUUGUCUCUUCUGUAUUCAGUCUCCUGCAGUUUACAACUGACUAACACUCCACUACAGGUUCAGUCUUCAACUACAUCAGUGUUUCAUCUGUGGACAAAACAAACAUGCUUUUAGUUCCCUCUAAAAUAUCCCCUUAAGGUUUUAUGAACAGAAUAUACUGAUUUUUAAGGUCUAUCAGUGUUACAGAAAAAAAAAAAAGGACAAAAUACAGAUCAGGGCCACAAGUAAACAGUGGUGUUGUGUGUGGUGCUCCAUUCACCAUCGCCCCUCUGAUCAGCAUGGAAAGCCAGCGAUUGUCCGCUCAGAGUCCUCCUCGCAACUGUUGGUCUGCUAAGGGCAGGAUGAUAUAAUGGGAGGGCUCCCUUCUAAGGAAGGCUGAAUUAAACCAGUUCAUCCUCAA